UUAAUCCUCCUAGAUCCAGCGAAAUCCAGCAUCGAGAAACCAAAGCAGCAAAGCUUCGCCCGAAGGAACACAGGACAAAGACUUGAUAGAAGUCAAAGAAGUCAAAGAAGACAAAGAAGACAGCAAAGAAACAAACCCUACACGACUGUGAGAGCAAGAUGUUGGAGAUCCUUCCAAACCUCGAUGGUUUGAUUACAGGUGAUGCUGAAGCAGUUGGAGUACGGUAUAUCCCACCGACUCGGUCGCAUCCUCCACUGCGUCUCUUUUACCCCGCCAAGCAACCCGAUACAAAGCAGCCAUGUGUUCGAUGGUUUCAAGACACGCCCAGUGCGGGCAUGUUCCUGUGUGGUUACCUCCAUGUCAUUGGAAUCAAACAUGGCACCUGGGCUUUUGCCAUUCUGUCGAGAUUUUUGCGAUUGGUUGCCUAUUGUCUGCCACUGCAGUAUCGAUCACUGCCAGAUACGUAUGCAGGCAUCGAUAUGGUUACAACAGAAAACAAUCCGACCAAACUCCCCAUUGUUGUCUUUUCCCACGGACUGACAGGAACCACUCAAGAGAACUCGCUCUUGUGUGCCGCAUGGGCCAGACAGGGCUAUAUGGUGGCGGCUGUCCAUCACGCCGAUGGAUCUUCGGCCUGUGUUCCACAAGCAGAUGGAUCUACGCUAUGGUAUCAGCAUGGACCGUCCUACAAGAAUUACGAUGCUACCUUUCGACCCAAGCAAAUUGACAAACGUGCCAGGGACAUGAAUGAGGCAGUCGAUUAUCUGCGGCAAACCUAUCCCGAUCAAUGUGAUUUUGACAAAAUUGUGGCGGCGGGAUUUUCGUAUGGGGCUGCCACCGCGGCUUUUGUGGCGGUCCAGGACGAUUCACCCUUCCAGGCCGGUCUCAUUUUACUGGAUGGAUGGUUCUAUCUGGAUAUCUCUGAAUCUGCCGGGAUCGAGUUUGAGUUCCCAGCGCUAGCCUUUGAACGGUUGGACAAGAUCCAUUCGAUUCCCACCAUUAUCAUCAACUCGGCCGUUUUUGAAGGCUACCCCAAGCUCAACAAAGCAACCAACCGCCUGGCCGGCAAUGUUCAUGAACGACACAUCAUUCCAGGGACCCAACACAACAACUUUUGCGAACUUUGCUUUUGGUUGCCAUCGUCUUUGAUGACAUUUGCCACCAUCCUUGGUGGACCUGUGGAUAUAGGGGCCAUUGGUGCAGGCAAUCCCAAAGAGAUUUAUCAAGAUAUCAUUGGACGGACCAGUCAGUUUCUAAGAGAGGCUUUCAAAUAAGUACGGUAGUAAUGGAGAACAUCCGCCAAUAAUGUAGCAAUUUCAGCUCCAUUGUGUAAUAACUAGUAGGCUCUCCUCUGCCGUGCUG